UCGUCUGCUUAAUCAGAAGCGAUGACGCAGGACGUAGUCGAUAUAUAAGAGGGCAGAGGUUGACUAGUGAGCACGCGGUGUCUGCGAGGGAGUAAAAAACGUCUACUGCUCAACCAUGAAGGGUCUCUUUGGCGUUGCUGUUCUGGCUGCGGUUGUUCUGGUGGCGUCCGCUCACCAUCUGGAGUUGUGCGAAAAAGACGACCAAGAACUCAAGGACCAAUUGAAGUGUGUGCGAGACCAUGCCACAGCUGAAUUCAACAGCAAGUUCGACCGUGUGAACAGACAACUCCGGUGCGACAGUGACUUUUGCACCAUCCGUAAGCUGUGUGCUGAACAUGAUUUCGAAACCGCUCUGAAGAGGUUCUUCACUGAGAGUGAAAACCAAGAAUUGCACGAACUCGCAAGUGACUGCGACGCUGACAGCCACCAUGACCACGACCAUCACCACUGAGCCGAGGGUUCUGAGAGGAAGUACACCCGGAAGAGAGGUCACACCAGCAUUCGAAGAAUAAGAAGCGUAGGAAUACUUGAGUGUAUGCUUGUCAUUGAAUUCGAUUUAUUAAUAAAGUGUCAUCCACCUGUGUCAGCA